AAUCUUAUUUUGACCCUUGCACAGAGCUUAGCACUAAAACAAAAUAUCUUUAUAAGAAGUAGAGAUCCUACUGAGAAAGGUUUUUUGAGCAGUAUUGCAGAUUCUGAUGUCAGAUUUUGAGAUGUGGCCUACUUCUUUUUCUGAAGAUCAAGUUUCAGAUGGCAAAUCUAUUAAAAUGACACAUGGGAAUUUUGACCCUGCAAAGAGGAAUUUCAAAGAAGAACCUCAAGAGCAGAUAGUAUUGAAGGGGGAACAAAUGGCUUAUUUGAGUCUUUUACAUAUUCAAAGUGAAGCUGAGAAGUUAAAGAACAUAACAGUAACUGCUGACACCAAUCAAACAGUGAUUUCAGAAAUUCACUCAAGUAAAAAGCCACGUCAAUGUAACAUCUGUGGGAAAAUAUUAAGUCGUUCAAAUCAUUUGAAAAGACACAUGAUGACACAUACAGGGGAUAAACCUUUUAAAUGUAGUUUGUGCCAAAAAGCAUUUUCUGAAAACUCUAAUUUAAUGCAACAUAUGAGGACACAUACCAAUGAAAAACCAUAUAGCUGUGAUGUGUGUGGAAAGGCAUUUAAUUUCAAGAAAAGCUUAAACAAUCAUAUGUGGAUACAUACAUGUGAAAAGCCUUAUAAUUGUAAGAUAUGUGUGAUGGCCUUCAGUGAUAAAACUUCCUUGAAGAACCACAUGAAGGCACAUAAAAAUUAUAAAACUCAAAUGUGUGAUGUGUGUGGGAAGGAAUUCAAACGAGAAUUUGAAUUACAGAAUCACGUUAGGAUACAUACAGGGGACAAACCCUAUAAAUGUGAUACGUGUGGGAAGGAAUUUUCCCAUCAGGGAAACUUACAUGUACACAUGAGGACACAUACAGGUCAUAUGGCCUAUAAAUGUAGCACAUGUGGGAAGGUAUUCAAGCAGAAAUCACACCUAAAAUAUCACAUUAUAAGGAAGCAUACAGGGGAUAAACCUUACGAAUGUUAUGUGUGUAUAAAGGCGUUCUCCGAUUCAAGCACCUUACGGGUACACCUGAGGAUACAUACAGGUGAAAAACCUUAUAAAUGUGACGUGUGCGGGAAGGCAUUCCGUGAUUCAACUAACUUACGGAAACACAUAAGAACACAUACAGGGGAUAUGCCAUAUAUAUGUGAUUUAUGUGGAAAGACCUUCAGUGGAUUAGAUCAGCUUAAGAUACACAUGAUACGGUCACAUACCGAUGACAAACCCUUUAAGUGUGAUGUGUGUGGGAAGGAAUUUAAAAGAGCACAGUGUCUUAAAUACCAUAUGAAGAUACAUACAGGUGAAGAUCUACAUGAUUGUAAUCUAUGUGGCAAGGCCUUCAUUCAAAAGACAUCCUUGCAGAGACAUAUGAGGAUGCAUACAGGUGAACAAAAGAUAAAAGUUGAUGUAUGGGAAGCUGGAUACUUGCAUAAAUGAAUAUGCAAACACAUGAAAAAACCUAGAAUUGUUAUUUUUAUAGGAAUGCCUUUGGUAAAAAAAAGAAAAGUUUUUACAUAUGAGGACAUAAAUUGGUUUGAGGACUUAACCAUAAACUAUAGAUUUUUCUUAUGACCUUGGAUUUUAAGUACUGAGACAUAAUUGUGUUGGAAUCAGUAUGUGUAUGUGAGAGUGGAAUAUGCUCUAUGAUCCUGUUCUGGCCUUGAAGAGUUAUUCCUCUUUGCUUGUAAUUA